AGUAUCAUAUAUAGGUACAUAUUAUAUUAUAAUGUAUACAGAGUGAGUGAGAUGUGGUUGUUUUCCACAUUAAUUGUAUAAUAUACAUUAUUAAUUAUAAGAUAUAACGCAUUCAACUCUAUGUAUAGUAGGAUACUAUAUUAAGCUCAAAUUGUUGCCCACGACCAUGGUAUAUCAUCGUAACCGUGUUAUACCAUAAAAUAUAUUACUUCGACCAUUUAUCUAUAUUCUAUACACUAUUCCUUUCGAUUUUCAUUCCACAAUCAUCACGCCGUAGUAUGCCGAGUCAUUGGAGGGGAAAUGAUGACCGAGAGUGUUAGGGAGGUGUGAUUGAGGGGAACUAGGAUUUGAAGGGUUUCUUAAUGGUGUUGGUUAUCGCGAUCACGUUUCCACCGACCAGUCGAAUCCUACUACGUCAGUCGAUCAUGGUAUAUCGGCAGCAGUGAUGCAGUACACCUAGAUUUUUCGUUUUCAAGUUCUAAGAUAUUAUAGAAGUCAAGAAAUCUGUAUGUAGACGUUUGUAACACCUACAAGUUUAAUUCCAAUAAUAUUUAAUCAGUCUACGUCCAAUUUGGCCCAUAGCUUUGGUCUGGUGACUGUGCAGCACAUUGCCCGGACGAGGACAUCACACCGAUGGCGAACGAAUGCACGCCGUUGACUAAUACCGAUGACGUCACACCGGUAUCAGGUUCCGAGUACUUUUCGCUGUCGAAACAUGAAACUGAUCACACUCCUCCUUGCCUAAAACCUAGAUGCUGUGUGUACGCCGCAUUGCUGUCGUUGGUAUUAAUGGCCAUUAUAGUGGGCACAUCAUAUUACGUGGACCGGAGUCAAGGGGACUCGACAGUUAUUCAACCGGCGUCGGUGGUGUCCACGUUGUUGCAGUUAAGAUGGCCGUUGCAAAACAAAGCAGACGAGGGAAUAACGGCGACAUCAAUUAUUCAGAGGACCGUCGUUAUAAAUGCGACCGGGGACGACUUAAUGUCCGCAGUAGAGGAAGGCUACAAAAGUUUGAAAGCCAAAGAGGAUUUAGAAAAAAACUUUCCGACAAUUGAUGGCGGGACUCCAUCAUACCGUCAUCAGCAAGUGAUGAAGUCCGGCCCCGAAUCGAUAGGAAUCGCGCGGAACGGUUACGUCGAAAACAUCGCGACUGAAAAAUUGAGACUGCUGUUAAACGUGCCGAAGGACCAGGACGUUACGGCAUUGGUGAGCAAUGUGGCCGUUUUUAACAACACUGAGUGCACGAGUCCUGAACCGGUGAUUUGCCCGCAGCAGAGUCGUUACCGGUCGGUAGAAGGCAUUUGUAACAACAUUUUGGAGCCUCUCAAAGGCGCCGCGCUGAUGCCGUUCCACAGAGUGUUGCCAGCUGACUAUUCGGACGGCGUGUGGAAACCGAGGAAAGCGGCGGACGGUUCGGAGUUGCCGUCAGCCAAACAAGUCAGCGAGGAUGUGCACCGACAAUCGUACGAAGAAGAUCACGAUUUCACCGUCAUGUUGGCGGUCUGGGGUCAGUUCAUGGAUCACGACAUCACCGCCACCGCGCUGAGCCGAGGGCGUAACGGAAGCGCUAUUUCGUGCUGCGGAUCGGUGGGCAGAAACAUUACACAUCCCGAAUGUUUUCCAGUGAUUGUGCACGAAGACGAGAAAAAGUGCGGAAAAUGCAUGGAGUUUGUGCGGUCCUCGCCUGCGUCUACCUGCGGUUUCGGGCCCAGGGAACAAUUGAACCAAGCGAGCUCGUAUCUGGACGGUUCGUCAGUGUAUGGCAACACGCGAAAAUUGCAAAAUGACCUGAGAUCGUGGACCGGCGGACGAAUGAAGGUGUUUGUAACCGAGUACGGAAAACAGUUGCUGCCGCCCAACAAAGAUCCGAUGGACGGGUGCAACGAAGAAUCGGAAAUGAAAAAAGGUCGAUACUGCUUUUUGUCUGGAGACGCCAGAGCGAACGAAAACAUGCACCUGACGACUCUCCAUUUGAUCAUGGUACGCCAGCACAACAUGAUUGCCGAUAGACUGUCUUCGCUAAAUCCCCACUGGGACGACGAACACAUCUUCCAAGAGACCAGACACAUAGUCACCGCUCAAAUUCAACACAUCACGUACUACGAAUUUCUACCGGUAUUGCUUGGCGACAGUCUCAUGAGGCGUCUGGACUUGUACCCUCGACAAACGGGUUAUUGGAACGGAUACAAUUCAACAGUGGACCCGACCAUCAGCAAUAACUUUGCCACCGCGGCCUUUCGUUUCGCCCACACGCUCAUACCGAGCAUGAUGAAAUUCCUAAAGGACGAUAACAGCGAUCCCGAGUUCGUCGAAAUGAGGAAAAUGUUGUUCAAUCCAUACAGACUGUACACGUGCAGCGGCGUGGACAGCGUCAUUCGUGGAGCGAUGAAUACGAGUGCCGGGAAAUCUGAUGCCUUUUUCACACCCGAAGUCACCAGACAUCUUUUCGAGAAGAACCACAGAUCGAGGCGCACCGGAGGACAGUGUGGAUUGGACUUGGUCGCAUUGAACAUACAGAGGGGUCGAGAUCACGGACUUCCGGCGUACCCGCGGUGGCGCGAAACGUGCGGGUUUCCGAGGCCACGGAGUUUCAGCGAUCUGGAAGGGCACGUCGAACCGGCAACACUGCAAAGGAUAUCGAAACUCUAUAAGUCGAUCGAUGACUUGGACCUUUACACCGGGCUGCUUUCGGAAAAGCCGCUGGAAGGAAGCAUCUUGGGGCCGACGAUCACGUGUCUGUUGGCCGACCAAUUCCUGCGGGUGAAAUCGGGCGAUCGUUAUUGGUACGAGACGGACGAAAAACCUCAAGCGUUCAACGAGGAUCAACUGUCAGAGAUCCGAAAAACCACUUUUGCGGCAAUAAUUUGCGACAAUUCCGACGAAAUUGAAUCCGUUCAGCUGCACGUGAUGCAAAGCGCCCGAAAAGUCGGCAACGGCAGAGUUGGUUGCGACAGUUUAAUAAAAACGUCUCUCGAUCCGUGGAAAGAAGAGUUCGACGCGGCCACCCCUGUAGCCGUCCCUCUGGACCCGACCACCGCCAUCCAUCGGGACCCUACCACCGCCAUCCAUCGGGACCCUACCACCGCCACCGCCGAAGUCACGACCAGUAAUAAUAACGACGGAUCACAGUCGACGAAAAUCGACUCCACUACAGCGAAAACAUAAAUUUAUUUCAAGUCGGGUAGCGCAAAAAUAAUUUUAAAAAUUUAAUAAUACCCACCUUGACCUGCAAUAAUAUCAGCUGUGUAAAAAAAAACAUUAACUCCGAAUUCGCGUACGGCUCAGAAUUUCGUCAUUAUAUUAUAAUUAUUUUUUUCUACCUUCGAUAAAACUCACAAACGGUCAGGUUAGGAGGGGCUUAUGCGUGAGCUUAGCCUCCCGAAAUAAUAUCUUUUUUUAAGUCGGAUUUCUUAAUAAUUAUUUUUACCUAUGUAUAGUUUUUUUUUUUAUUAUUUAAA